UCUGUGUGCUCUGUGCAUGUGGGAGCCGGUCUGUGAAAGUUAGCUGGCCCCUGCUGUGUCCGAGCACAAAGUAAAGGAGGUGACUGCAAUUCAAAGGCCAGAACUGAGAGCGAGCCUAGAGGAGGCCAUUGCUGCCACUCUGGUGGUAUCUCACCUCAGCAAAUUGAUCCAGCCCAGAAACUACUUUAGUAGUCUCAGAGAAGUUCUGCUGUGUCCCUGAAUGUCUUCUCUGAAACUAAAGGAGGCUUCUACUUGCCCCCCAUUUCCUGUACACAACAGUCAGACUUUAGUAAUUGGGACUUUUCUGAUUUACGAACCCACGUGAGACUUUUUGGAUUCAUUAUGCAUGAAGCAAAGUGUAUUUGGGGAUGAAUAAUGUUCCUUCUUUUUUUCUUUUCACUGAAUAGUUUGGGGGCUGGGGGUUUUGAUUCCUUAGGUAUUUUAACAGAAAUGCAUUUUUCCUUUUGACAACUCUCAGAAAUAUGCUCCUUUAAGAACCUCCUACAUGGUAUAUGUAUUUGCAAUUUGUAAACACAGUAUGUCAAAGAAUGAUUUGAUUCAGUGGCAAAGCAGCCAGCUAUUUGCAUGUCAUGAGGUCUAAGGGAAACAAACUGACCCUCAGCCUUCCCCCAUCCAGCCAAAUUCUGAUGGGACCCUCAAAUAGCUCUGGCAAAGUGUUCUGUUUCUUUUGGACUUGAUGAAUGCUUGUUUCUGUGAAGGCGUGUAAUUAUUUCUUCCUUUAUUUUGCUGCACAAGUUACCAAGAGAAGCAGCUUAAAACAAAACAUCACGUGGAGAACCCCAACAGAAUGAGCAGCAGUCACACAGACUGUCAUUACUGCCUGCAGUCUCUUCGUGGAAGGAAAUAUGCAUUGAGAGAUGAAAACGCUUAUUGUGUUGCAUGUUAUGACAGCCUGUAUGCCAACCCCUGUGAAGAGUGCAAGCAACCUAUUGAGUGCAAUUCCAAGGAUCUGGCUUACAAAGGCCGCCACUGGCAUGAGAGGUGCUUCAAGUGUGCCAAGUGCAGUCGCUCACUGGUGGAGAAACCGUUUGCUGCCAAGGACGAGGUCUUGCUGUGUACAGAAUGCUACUCUGAUGAGUAUUCAUCGAAGUGUUUCCACUGCCAGAAGACUAUUAUGCCUGGUUCCCGUAAAAUGGAAUUUAAGGGGAGCUCCUGGCAUGAAUCCUGUUUUGUUUGCCGGUAUUGUCAGCAACCGUUGGGAACAAAACCAUUAAUCACCAAAGACAAUGAGAAUUACUGCGUGCCCUGCUUUGAGAAGCAAUUUGCUCACCAUUGUUACUCUUGCAAAAAGGUAAUAACUUCUGGAGGCGUGACCUGCCAUGACCAGCCUUGGCAUAAAGAAUGUUUUGUUUGUGCUGGGUGUAAAACCCAGCUGUAUGGACAAAGGUUUAUUUCCAAAGAUGAGUACCCAUACUGUGUGGACUGUUUCAGCAAAUUGUAUGCUAAGAAGUGUGCUGCUUGCAAGAAACCUGUUACAGCUCUCGGAAGUGCCAAAUAUAUCUCAUUUGAAGAGCGUCAGUGGCACGGGGAAUGCUUUAACUGUGCAAAAUGCUCUGUCUCACUGGUGAGCAGGGAAUUCCUCACUCGGCAGGAUGACAUCCUUUGCCAUGAAUGUGCCUCUGCUUCGUAGUUCUGUGGAAAGCUGUACAGCUGCAUUAUUCUCACUCUGUAACAACACAGUUCAUUACUCUGCUGUAAGAAAAUCACAUAAAAGUUGUAACAGUUAUUUAGUCAUUCAAGUAACUUUCCCUCAGCAGUUUAAUUCUAUCAUAUCUAUAACUGCUUAUAAAAAAAUUUAAACAGCCCCAUACUGGUUAAGAAAAUUAUGCAGAAAAGAUUCACAUAUAUUUUAAAUCUAACUACAUUAUGUUUUCCUUGUAACACACUGCACUCUGCUGUUAGAAGCUUAAAAAUUUACCUUUCAUCUCCCAUGAAACCAAGGAGGAUUGUGAAAAGUCUGUAUGGUAUAUGAAUAUUGAUGAGGCAUUAACAUUGUUUUACGGAUGCAGACUUGGGCAUGGAGAGCUAGGCACAUACAUUUUUCUAUUGGAUCAUAAAAUCGAUGAGAACAACUCAUAAAUAUUAUAUUCGUCCACACUUUAGGCCAAAAAGAUGCUGACAAAGCAGGCAGAAACUGUGAGGAGGAGAUGCUUCCACAGAGAGGGCCACUGAGUCAGAGAUGCUCCUUCCAGGGCUAGAUAAAGGGGAAAAAAGGUCACCUUCCUCCUCUUACUGGGAUUGCGAUUGCUCCUCAAAAACAUAGUCUUCAGGCAUUCAAAACACUACAACACAGGUCCUUUCCCAAAAUUGGGUAACUGUGCUUAAUUUUUCAGACAUAGUUGCUCUAGAACAUAAAUAAACUCAUAUUUUGAAAAAAAGAGGUGAGGAUUGCCCAAGAUUGAAUAGUGCUAAUGUACAUUUUCUAAUAUACCUUAGGAUAUAGGACUAAGGUAUAUAGCUAAUAUACCUAAUGUACCUUAGGACUCUUUCUCCAUUGUCUUCACUAGACCUUCAAAUACAUGCAUAAAGUGUAUAUUUUAAUUAGCUGACACAAGAGCACACUCACAUUUGUCCCUUUAACCUUGUCUCUUCAAAGCUUCUUUGACAGCAAUCAAAGCCCUGUUAAUGGCCUUACCAUUUCAAUUCUGCUAGGUCUUUGAUUCAUAGUCCAUCUUUUUUCUUGUAAAUGCCUGCUUGUGGACAACAGGCUAUAAGCUCUCCAGAACCAAUACUCAAUUCAUGUUACCAUGUGCCACAUGUAGUUGCCAAUAGUGUGUCAAGAAUUAGUAAUGUUGUCAUUGCAAGCUAGGCAGUUCUUGCUUGCAGUACAAGGUCCUGGUUUCUAGGCAGCUGGCUUCGAGAAGGUUCUAUCUGCUUGCUAAGCUUCAGCACUCAAUUGUCUGUUAUUAAAGGUCAUCUAGAGCUGUGUUACAAACAUAUUUCUUCCUUUUUCCAUACUGUAUGUUACAGUGGCCUGGUCCAUGUACUGGGCCAUUGUGAAUGGAGCAGUGAUGUUAAGAAUACUAGGUUCUGCACUGUUCAGCACUGUUUGAGUCUUCAUCUAGAAUGUCUUUAAGUCACUCUUCUUUAGAUUCUGACCUUAAGUGCAUAGAAUUUUUUGGCUGACUUGAGUGACCUUUAUUCAUAGUGAAGACAGCCAUUACUUUAGAUAGGAGACUGAAAAAAAAUACUUUAAAAAAAAGAAUAUGUGUGCAUAGCUAAGUCAAGGCUGAACUGCAGUGGCAUAAGAUCAGUACAAAUAAUGACUGACCAACAAGUACAUAGCAAUCUGUUUUCCAGUCAAUAAAAUAUUAUCUUUUGUUUUA